AUGAAACCACCUUCUUCUGCAAAGCCCUCCACUUCAAUGCCUCCCCCGCCCUCUCUAUCCAGACCUACUCGAUUUCCCGACCGUGCCCCGACAUCCCCUUCCGCAUCCUUGCCUGCAAUCCGCCGUCCCUCCGCCGGCGUACUGCACUCUGCUUCGCCCUCUCCCUCGGCCUCACCCGCACCAACAGCCGACGACUUUUCCCCACGCAGUUGGACGGACUGCUUCGACCAUAGCCUCGAUCUCCACGUCCCUUCGCGAAACGCAGUCUUCCGCCUCUAUCACGCCUCCUUCACCCCCUCUUCUGACUUUUGUCUCCUCUUCUUACACGGUGGCGGCCACUCCGCGCUUAGCUGGGCUCUUGUCGCCGAUAAGCUUCGCAAACGAUGUCCUGUCAUCGCCUUUGACGCACGCGGCCAUGGCAAUUCCGUCGCUGAUGAUGAUACCGAUCUGUCCGCAGAGACGCAGGUGGCCGAUGCGGCAGAGCUUGUCCGGACCUUUUUCAAGCAACGUGGCACUCAAGUACCGCGGCUGGUAGUCAUUGGACAUUCCAUGGGUGGCGCCAUUGCUGCUAGGUUAACUGCUUCGAAGCAUUUGGAGAGGAUUGUCGGUCUUGUUGUUAUUGACGUGGCAGUCCGCUAUGUCACGAAAGCGGGGCAUGUACGGAACACGGAGUCCGCGAGGCUGUCUGUGCCUCCACAGUUGGUACGGGCAACGAAUAAAGACAGAUGGACAUGGCGUACUGACUUGGAGCAGAGUGAGGGCUAUUGGAGGGGCUGGUUUCAAGGACUGAGCUCUUUAUUUUUGUCGGUCGAUGUGGCCAAAAUGCUCGUCCUGGCGAGCGUCGAUCGCUUGGACAAGCACCUUAUGAUCGCCCAGAUGCAAGGCAAGUUUCAAAACAUUUUGAUACCCACGGCCGGACAUGCUGUUCAUGAAGAUCAGCCCGACCAGACGGCCAAAGUAAUCAACGACUAUUUGGAACGAAACCUUUUCCUCGGUCGCCUUGUUGAAGGCGAAGGCGAACGAAUCUUUCAGCAACGAGAGCCCAUCCCUCCGUGCUGCUAAUUAUCGAUAACUACAUGUAGUUAGCAAACGCCGACAGGCUUCUUCUCUUUACACUGCAGAUCUAAACCUCUUCAACGGGGACGUGUGAGUCACA